GCUACAGCGCCGUCUGGUUCCCGAGGACACUUGCGUGUAGGCUCCACCUUUUCUAGCGGUCCAGUGACCUCACCAGUGGGUUGGAUUGGAAGGGUGGGAUUUCCAGGUUUUCAGUCACGGAUCCGUUCCUGACUGCAAGGGUCUAUGCGGCUUCAGCGUUAGCAAGGACCGGACUGCCCGUACCAAUGAUCCCACCCAAAAGGCGACCCUGGAUCAUUUUUUCUCCACAUGCUAUUGCACCCGGGAUAAACAAUUAAGGAAUGUGGACAUUACAGAAUGCCCACCAGCGCUGCAAAGAGAUUUAAACCCACCAAAUACAUCCCGGUGUCCACAGCUGCCACUCUCCUUGUGGGAUCGACGACUUUAUUUUUCGUUUUCACGUGCCCCUGGUUGACCAAGGUGAUUUCACCUAUCGUCCCUCUCUACAAUGGCUUUGUCUUCCUCUUUGUCUUGGCCAACUUCAGCAUGGCGACCUUCAUGGACCCUGGUGUCUACCCCAGAGCGGACGAGGAUGAAGACAAAGACGAUGAUUUCCGGGCACCUCUCUACAAGAAUGUGGAGAUCAAGGGCAUUCAGGUUCGGAUGAAGUGGUGUGCCACCUGUCACUUCUACAGACCACCUCGCUGCUCACACUGCAGUGUCUGUGACAAUUGCGUGGAGGACUUUGACCAUCACUGUCCUUGGGUCAACAACUGCAUUGGACGCAGAAAUUACCGCUACUUCUUCCUCUUCCUCCUCUCUUUGAGCAUCCACAUGAUGGGAGUUUUCACCUUUGGUCUCAUUUUCGUGCUCCACCACCAAGAGAAACUGGGAGCUCUGCACACCACCAUCACAUUGGUGGUGAUGUGUAUCGCAGGGCUUUUCUUUAUUCCUGUCAUGGGUCUCACGGGUUUCCACAUGGUGCUUGUGGCGCGAGGUCGAACCACAAAUGAACAAGUAACGGGCAAGUUUCGUGGAGGAGUAAAUCCCUUCACUAGAGGUUGUUGUGGCAAUGUUGAGUAUGUCUUGUGUAGUCCUCAGGGGCCAAGGUACAUAUUUGACCCACAAAAGAAGCCCCACCUCAAAAUUCAACCUCCAUUUAUUCGACCAGACCUCUCAGACAGGCAAAUCGCCGUCAAGGUCAAUGACAAUGGCAUCCAUGGCACCAUUAUCAGCUCUAAGUCCAAAUGUAGCCUCGAUGGCCUGGAUGAAAAAGAAACGCAGCCGCCAUUGCCACCGAAAGCUGACAGGUACAACCAGCUGAAAAACCAUCUGACCUCCAGUGAGGAAAGCUCACUGUCUGGUAAGACCCACCCGUCCACUCCAGCUAUGUACAAAUUCAGACCGUCCUUUGGCACCAUGCCGAAAGUCCACUAUCAUACUGCAGGGGACAAGAUUGUCAUGUCCGAUGACCAAAAUUCCUCAGCCAUCUUGGAAGAGGGUGCUCGUGGCCACGACUAUCGAUCUGAACCAAACUUAGAUCUGCCAGAGUACACUAAUGCUCCCCUUCACCGCACUUUCAAGUCCUCCCCUUUCCAGCUGGACUAUGACCCGCUCAACUCUCGGACUCAUAGCCUGAAGCAGGCUCACCAACGAUUGGAGAAGGGUCAGCUGGUGGGUCUGCAGCCUCAGACGGUCACCUCAACCCCUUAUAAGAACGUCUUUUCUCCCAACACGCUCUCCAACCGUAACGGAAGUCUAUCCUAUGACAGCCUGCUGAACCCCAGUAGCACCCCACCCACCGCCAGUGAGUGCUUGGCCCACCGCGGUGUGCCUCCAGUAGGGUUCCACUCACCCUACCUGCCCACUAAAACGUGCCACAGGCGGGAUCCUGAGAUGCAGAGACAACAGGUUACCGCCACCUACAGUCCAGUUUUGUCAUCCAGGGUGGUGGGCCGUCACUCUCCUCACCUUCGGGACAGGGACUCAUCCCCAGUGCGCUACGACAACCUCUCCCAAACAAUCAUGGCCUCCAUCCAAGAGCGGAAGGAAAUGGAGGCAAGAGAGAAGCGCCACAUGUUACACGGGCAUUCCCAGACGCAUAUCUAUGCCCAGGACUCUGGUGUGUUUGAGGGCCCCGGGGGGUAUGGCCUCCCACCAAACCCCUGCUAUCCGGAUGGCCCUCGCUGUGCCGGUUCCAGAGGGCCGACACCUCCGGCCUAUGGAGGCUCCAGGGACAACCUAAUGGGGGUCGGGCUGAAUUACGGCCAGAGAACCCCUGUCCUCUGCCAGGCCGGCUCCACUAUGGGCCGAGCACCUCGGACUUCAUCCAGCUCUUUACACACAGAUCACAUUAGUACCAACAACAACCUUGGAAGGGUCUCAGGCCCAGAGGGCUUUUAUCGCUCCCCUGCCCACCGCCCCCACCCCCACUCCCCUGCCAUGCACCGAUCGCCAUCCUACUCCCAGCAGAAACUCUCGUACAUGAGUGUCCAGGAGAGGAUGGACUCACCUCGCCUGGGGGGGGCAAGAGAGGCCAUGAAAGUUAAUGGCCAGAUGGAUUGCCACCCCAGUGCCAAGGGUGUCACAGGCAGUCCCAAUCGUCACGGUAACGUCAAAAAGGUGACUGGGGUGGGAGGCACCACCUAUGAGAUUUCGGUGUGAGCAAGCACGCCGGAUUCACCUUCGGUGACAAGAACCAUGUUUAGUUUUUCUUAUCCUUUGUAAAGCAGCUCAGUUAUGUUAAUUGUUCAAACACAGGAUCUGUCUGCUGCUGUGUGGUUGUCAUUUGUUUGACUCCAAUUAUCAGUGAUCCUCUGUAUGGGUGAGUUUUCUUUUUCCCCCCCGUUUCAUACUUUGGUCAUUUUAAUGGACCAAAAGAUUGUAUUCUCUUAGCUGUAGUGAUGUGACCGGGUCUAAAUGUCCUAUAUUGUGUACAUGUUUAUGCUCCAGCUGGUGCUUCAGUUGGAACAAAAUGCCACUGAAGGGGGCAGGGGGGAGCAAACAUGAACAUCAUUGUAAGACUAUUGCUCCUCAAAGACUGACACCCUCCCUGCUUGGAGAAGAAGGCAACAAUUUAAGGUGCUUCAAAAUACCAGGCCCCUUAAAGUACACCUGGCACCUUUGCUUCAUAUCCAAUGUAUUUUUACUUUUUUUUAACCAAGAAGGUUCAAUUUGAUACAAUGUCUCCCGCUGUGACUGAGUUACAAAUACUUAGCUCAUGUUCCUUUGGACUCUAGAAGGUGAAGGUUUCUUGUGGACCAUCAGAUUACCUCAUACUUGAGGAGUUUAACAACCCAACAUUUCACUGACAAACUUGUUAUGUUUGUUGUCUGGUUCAGUGUUGGCUUAUCAGAGGAAUGGAAGACGUACAGUACGCUGGUAGUUAAAUUAUGACCAAUUCUUUAUAACCAGUAGUUUAAUAUAAACAUUUGAAUAAUUGUUUGGUAAAUUUUGUAGACUGUAUGGCCAACAUAUCUCAAUUACUUUUCCAUGUGAUCAAUUAUACAAUUCAGCCAAAAGGGCUCAUAGACCUCCAUGUAAAAUGGUAUUCCAGCACAAGAUUAUAAAACAAUGUGAUGUGAUAUAUCAUGUAUAUCAUACAUAUAUAAUAUAUAUAUUUAGUGUAUAUCUAAUAUAUAUAUUAGAUAUAUAUAUAUUAGAUAUACACUAUAUAUAUCAGUUCUUGGACAGCCAAAGUCCACAUUGGUUUAGCACAUCAUCAGUGUUCUCUUCCUCGAGAUUUGUCAUGAGAUGUUCGGUCAAGUCUUUUCAGUUUUCUUUUUGAAAAUAUGUAGACCAGUAAUGUGAUGUACACACACAAUAGCUGUCUGGUACAGCAAGAUAUCAAACAGAAAAAUGCUUUGGAAUUAGGGCUAACUGAAUUUGAUUCAAUAUGACAGACUUAAAUGUUUGGUAUGUUAAAACUCAGCCAUUGUUGCCUUGUAGUAGAAUGAUGUAAGGCCACACCAGGUGCAGUGAUGCCACAUAUAGCACAUUGUGUGAAAUGUUCAUUUGAAUUGUGUUGAAUUGAGAGUUAACAGAGUGCUAACAUUAAAAAUAGUUUAAGAACUCAUUCGAACUUCCAAACCAGUUGGCGCAUACACAACACCGGUGUCCUUCCCUUAUAUACGGUACGUACUGCCAUUGGCCCAACUGUAUUUCAGAGAGUGGACCUCAUUAGUACACUUCCCAAAAUACUGCCAGAAGUCAACAAUUACCCUUAUUCCAUCCACUCAGAGCUCAUUUACUUUUGAUAGACUUAAAAUACAGAGUUCAUCGUAUGAAAGCCAAUACUAUCUAUGGAUGUUCCUAUUUUUGUGAAGAAGAAACCAGAUAUGUCAAUAAAAUGUCAUUUGAGCAAAUUAUACUUUAAAAUGCGUUCAUUCUUUCUCUGGGCAAGACAAACAAAAACAGUGGGGAAAAUUAUAAUGCAAGGAAUAUAAGCAGAGAACGCCAAGCCCACUUGUUAUAAUAAUGCUUAAGUGGAUGCAAAAGUGGUUGACAGUGUUUUAUUCAAAGCUGGAAGAAACAUUUCCAAUCAUUUUGAGUGCAAAUGAGAAGCAACAUUUCAUCCAUGUACAAGUAUUUACAGAUGCACUGGCACUUGGAUGCAUUUUUGAGGUUCAGAAAUGGUUGGUGAGAAGAAAUAGAGGUGAGCAGGAAGGAUGGCUGGGGACAGAUUUCACAUGCCUGAAGUAAUCUGGGAAUGUUACAGAGAGAAUUCCUGUUGAUGAGAAACUUCAGCUAUGGCAAACCGUUGAUUUUGGACUUACUAACGUUCAGAUGUUUGAAACAAAAUGACAUUUAGACUAAGUGCAUCUGAUGGCCCUAAACUGCAGUGACCCUAAGCUGAUUGGCCCCACAUUUAUGUAAUGUCACAAUGGGCCUGA